CAGACAAAAUUGAUUGAUUGUACUUCCGAAUGCAAGUUCACUCAGAGAGGUAAAAAGGGCGGGGGGACCGACAGUUCUGUUUAGAGACAGUUCUUCUUCUUCCUCAGGGGCAUCAAAGUCGUCGUUGGCCAAAAUUCGAAAAGGUCAGAACUUUCCCUCUCUAAAAUGGCGGAGAAACCGUAGCAGAGAGAGGGGACCUGCCCCGCCAUGGGACCUCGCAGAGUACACUUCUUCUGCUUCUUCUCCUCUCUCUUGCACACACGCAGACAAACGCAUGCAAAACUCCAAACAGAUGCUGUCCGAAAUCCGGAGAUCAUCACGAUUUCCUCCCUUCGUUCAUCACAACAAAAGCCACGCCAUGGGACCUCGCACUCUCCGUUGCCUCAGUUUCCGGGAAAAGUCCGCAGCUUUUCUUAGAAACCCAACACCUCUCUCGCCUCAAUGGGGUGCGUCCAAGCGAAGCUCGACUUUCCCUCGCCCUCUAAAGGCCUCGACGGGCUCAAGCUCCAGAACGGGUAUGUCAAGGGAGGGGCAGAGAGGAGGCCUGUCGACCGGAAACAGCCGGUCAAGGGCGAUGGAGGUGGCGGCCGGGCUGUUAAUGGGAAAGGAGAGAGGAAUGGUGGGAGUGGGAGCCAGAGGGCCGGGGCUAAUAAGAAGAUUGGAGGAGAUGAGCUUGUCAAUGGUUGGCCGAAGUGGCUGGUCGAUAACAUUGAUCGUGCUGCUUUGGCCGGUUUGGUCCCGAAGAGCGCCGAUUCGUAUGAGAAGCUGGCUAAGGUAGGACAAGGAACUUAUAGCAAUGUAUAUAAAGCUCGAGACAGGGACAAUGGGAAAAUUGUUGCCCUGAAAAAGGUCCGCUUUGACACAUCGGAGCCUGAGAGCGUCAAGUUUAUGGCAAGAGAGAUUACGGUUCUGCAGCACCUAGAUCAUCCCAAUGUAAUCAAGCUUGAAGGAAUUGCUACAUCGAGGAUGCAGUACAGUCUCUAUCUUGUUUUCGAUUUUAUGCAGUCGGACCUCACAAAGAUUAUUUGUCGUCCUGGCGAACGCCUCGCAGAACCACAGGUCAAAUGCUAUAUGCAACAGUUGCUAGCAGGUCUCCAGCACUGCCACAAGAAAGGGAUCCUCCACAGAGACAUUAAAGCCUCCAACUUGUUGAUAGACAAGAGUGGCCAGCUGAAGAUUGCAGACUUUGGUCUUGCGAAUUUCUUCAAUCCUGACGAGAAAUGUCCCCUUACAAGUCGAGUGGUCACCCUCUGGUAUAGAGCCCCUGAGCUUCUCUUGGGCUCCACUGAUUAUGGGGUUGGUGUCGAUCUCUGGAGCGCAGGAUGCUUAUUGGCUGAGAUGUUUCUUGGCAGGGCUUUUAUGCCUGGGAAAACCGAGGUCGAGCAGCUGCAUAGGAUCUUCAAGCUUUGUGGUGCACCCUCGGAGGAUUACUGGAAGAAGAUGAAGCUUCAGACUAGCUUUCGACCACCCCCACACUAUCAACCAAGUUAUCGUGGUACCUUCAAGGAUUUUCCUGCCUCAUCGUUUGGUCUCUUGUGCAAACUUCUUGCCCUUGACCCCGCUUAUCGGGGCACUGCAUCAUUUGCCCUGCAAGAUGAAUUCUUUAAAACAAGUCCCUUAGCAUGUGAUCUCUCAGGACUGCCUGUAGUGCAAAAAGAAGAGCUUCAGGCAUCUCACCCCAAGAGCCUGAAGAAACUCAGGAGCUCUAAGGCAAAGGAUCCAUCUCACACAAAUUCUGAAGUUUCUAAUAAGAAGCACGUAAGGAUUGUCGACCCCAAGGUUGAGACUGAAUCUUCUAAAGAGGAGAAGAAUGCAGAGUUGAGCACUCAGAGCGUUGAGGUAGGUAACAGCAUCAGCAGCACUUCGAGCAGUCUAAAACCAAUCAUGCACGGGGUGAACCUGCACUCGUCCCUUUCUCCAAUACAUCGUUCAAUCCGUAAAGCCUCCUCUUCGCAGACCGAAGGCCACCCGAAUGCUGUCAGGAACAUACAAAACUACACACUCUUGCAGGCUUCUAUAACAGAUAUUAUCAACCCCAGAGAAGGAGGCGAUGGGAUGGCUCGUGUCCGGAGAUCUCUCUCGACUUUGGACUUUCGGUAUAGGAAUGCCGAGGAAAUCGCUAAGUUCUUUGGGCUUGAAAAAUAAAGGACAGUUGAUGAGAAGGAGGCCUAUAAUUAUAUGUCUGAGCCCGGGUUCGAACUGGGGACCUUUAGUGUGUGAGACUAGCGUGAUAACCAACUACACCACCCAGACUUCUUGUGCUGAUUUGUGUAUGUAAGAUAUUGUCUCCUUAAGUUAGGACUUGUAUUUAUACAACCACUCGGCGCUUUUUUCGGUGAA